AUGUCAGCCGUUUGCGAGCCAAUAGCACGCCCAAGACUGUCGAAUGAUUCAACAGCACCGUCAUUGCUUGGAUCGACCACGACUCCCUCGACUACCUCAAGCAGCUUGUCCGAGUCGCCCUCACGACGCUAUUCAACAGGUUCCAUACCAUUCGAUCCCUUACCCAGUGCCAAUGGGAACGGCUUCUUUAUGACAAAGUACAUGGAGCUCAGCAAUGGCGAUCCGCCUGUCCCUAACGGUGCAGGCACUGGCAAAGCUGAGGGCGACAGUGGAGAGCAUUUGGACAUCAUCGUUGGGAAGCCAUAUGCAAUGGGACUGAGCGAGGGCAUUAAUGGUCACAACUCUGAUCCACAGCGUACCAACAGCCUCAAUGGCGAAAAGCGGCACGCUGCGAAGGCGACCUCAACAUUGAAGGGCGACUCCGACUCAAAGUACGUUCACAAAGAGCAUGUCAUCCAGCUUUCUAGUAUCGAACACUGCAUGCCCCGAGCAUACAUCCGAGUGUGUCUAGCAUACCCACUACCCGACAACACAGAUAUGACCCUACUGGUCACGCGACUCAAUCAGUUCACACGCAAAGUCGUCGAUGCGAAACCAUACCUUGCCGGACAUGUGGUCCCAGCGCCAAAUUCAGAGUCCCAACCCGGUCUCGCAGAGAUUCAUUUCACCGACCACGACUUUAUAGCCGGGCAUCCUUCGGUAAAGCUUGAGCACAUCUCAGAGGCUGAUAUACCCUACGACUACAAAGAGCUUAACGAAAUGAAACUGCCUCCCUCUCUUAUUCGACCCGAAAUUGUGUCUGCUUUGCCCGAAGGUAUCAGCGAUGGCAAAGCUCCAGUCUUUCGCCUGCAAGCAAAUGUGGUGAAAGGAGGUCUGAUCGUCUCUACGUAUCUCCACCACUGCAUUAGUGACGGCACAGGUAUGGGCUUGAUCAUAACCGGGAGCGUACUGCACGACGACUUCACCUUCGAUCGGCACCUCGAGUCCAAAGGCUUCGACACACUGGGACUGAAUCGACGGCUAAGCGAAUUCGCCAAUCAGCAGACCAUUGUCCGAAGAGAUCUCUCGUGGAGCUUUCCGAAUCAGAUCUCUGACCGCUUGUUUCACCAUCGCAGGCCAACAACCAGUCACAGCACUCGUCCGAAGUCGGAUGGAAGGGGUUGCAUCUUCACCUUCCCUAAGGACCGACUUCUGGCACUAUGGCAGGAGCUAAGGACGACAGCAGAAGCUGGAGACUUCAUCUCGGAAAAUGAUGUACUACAGGCUCUUCUGUGGCACCACAUGACGAAAGCUCGGUCACGAUCACCACACCUCGAUCGCGUCUCACACUCACGCUUGUUUACUCCCGUCAACAUUCGCAGCAAAUUGAACCGCCCGCUUCCGGACGCUUACUUUGGCGCCGCUGUCGACUUCGCCCUCACAGAAUUGCCCAUGGCGCAUCUCUGCGACAUCACCGCCAGCAAUCGCCUCCCAGCAUUGGCCCGCACAGCCAGCGCGAUUCGUCAAGCCAUCGGACGAGUCGACGAGCCGUACAUCAGACAAGCCAUCGCGCUAGCCCGUGAUCCCGACCCGAACGUCGACGUACGAGAUCUGAUGGGCAGCAGCAUGAAUCGCACAUCAGGGGCAGAUAUGUACAUCACCAGUUGGCAGAAGCUGGGUCUCUACGAAGCGACGCUAGACCUCGGUCUCGGCCGUCCUGACUGGGUUCGGAAACCGUGGUCGAAAGACCCGGGAUCUUGCAUCGUGCUGCCAAACGAUGACCGGAAGCAGGUCACGGAAGUGCUGGUGCAGAUGACCGUUGACGAUAUGGACAGGCUAAUGCAAGAUCAAGAGUUCAGUGCGUUUGCUCCGACAUGGGUUGAAUAG